AUGGCCCUACAGCCAUCUAGGUGGCAAUGGCACAAGUUCAAGGACAUGUUUCACUACUAUAUCAUGGUUGGAUUGAUUCCAGUAUCAGCGAUUAUAUUCUACACUAAUGUUUUCAUUGGUCCUGCUCAAUUAGAACCUAUACCCGAGGGCUACAUUCCUAAGCACUGGGAAUACCACCGUCACCCAAUAACUAGAUUCAUAGCGCGCUACAUCCAUACCAAUCCUCAGCAGGAAUAUGAAAAAUUCAUGCACUUCCUGGAUGAAGAGCAUCAAAAGAUGAAACUACGCGCCUUGGAAAAGGAAAUACUGAAAAAGAUGGCAGAGCGCCAAGACUACCAGGCAUACUAUUACAGACCAAUGGUUAAUAAAUAUUUGCGUAUCAACAAGAAGGUUGGUGAUGAAUUGUACAACCGUGUUGGUGAUGAUUAUGAAGAA